AUGCCUAUGUAUCUGAGAACUAUUUAUGCACUGCGUCAACUACGAAAACACGAAGACGAUCUGCCUGAAUAUGUUGCUAAUCCUGAAUUAUUCGAACGUGAAGCGAUGAAGUCUCGUCUUUUACCACCACCAGUGACCAAACGUGUCACAUUUGAUGCUCCUCCGCGAAUCAAUUUUCCAUUUAAUUCGACGUUGUAUCAAUAA